CUUAAAGUCCACAUGAGAAUUCACACUGGAGAGAAGCCUUAUUCAUGCCUUCAGUGUAGAAAGAGUUUCAAUACUCAUGGAAGCCUAAAAGUCCACAUGAGAGUUCACACCGGAGAGAAGCCUUACUCCUGUCUUCAGUGUGGAAAGAGUUUCAGUAAUCAAGGAAACCUUAAAGUCCACAUGAGAAUUCACACCGGAGAAAAGCCUUACUCAUGCCCUCAGUGUGGAAAGAGUUUCACUCAAAAAGUACGCUUUGAAGCCCACAUAAGAAUUCACACUGGAGAGAAGCCUUUCACCUGCCAACAGUGUGGAAAGAGUUUCAAUCAACAUCGAACCUUGAAAGACCACAUGAGAAUUCACACUGGUGAGAAGCCGUUCACCUGCCAACAGUGUGGAAGAAGUUUCACUCAAAAAGGAACCUUUAACAGGCAUAGGAGAGUUCACACUGGAGAAAAGCCUUUCACCUGCCAACACUGUGGAAAGAGUUUCUGUCAACGUCGAACCAUAAAAAACCACAUGAGAAUUCACACUGGAGAGAAGCCUUUCACCUGCCAACAGUGUGGAAAGAGUUUCUUUCAGCGUCGAACCUUAGAAAACCACAUGAGAGUUCACUCCGGAGAAAAGCCUUACACCUGCCAACAUUGUGGAAAGAGUUUCUGUCAACUUCGAACUAUAAAACACCACAUGAGAGUUCACACUGGAGAAAAGCCUUUCACCUGCCAACAGUGUGGAAAGAAUUUCUAUCAACAUCGAUCCUUAAAAGAACACAUGAUAGUACACACCGGAGAAAGGCCUUUCUCUUGCCAACAGUGUGGAAAGAGUUUCUAUCAACAUCGAACCUUAAAAAAACACAUGAGAGUUCACACUGGAGAAAGCCCUUUAACCUGCCAACAGUGUGGAAAGAGUUUCGAUCAACAUCAAAACUUAAAAAAACACAUGAGAGUUCACACUGGAGAGAAGACUUUCACCUGCCAACAGUGUGGAAGAAGUUUCAACAGAAAAGGAAACCUUAAUGUCCACAUGAGAGUUCACACUGGGGAGAACCCUUUCACCUGCCAACAGUGUGGAAUACGUUUUACUCACAAAGGAAACCUUAACAGGCACAUGAGGAUUCACACUAGAGUCGAGCCUUACACCUGCCCUGGGUGUGGAAAGAGUUUCAGUCAACUUGGAAACCUUAAAGUGCACAUGAGAAUUCACACUGGGGAGAACCCUUUCACCUGCCAACAGUGUGGGAUAAGCUUUACUCAAAAAGUAAGCCUUGAAAGACACAUGAGAAUUCACACUGGGGAGAAGCCUUACACUUGCCAAUGGUGUGGAAAGAGUUUCAGUGAGCAUGGAAGCCUUAAAGUCCACACGAGAGUUCACACUGGAGAGAGUCCAUUUAUCUGCCAACAGUGUGGAAUAAGCUUCAUUCAAAAAGGAAUCCUUAAAAGACACAUGAGAAUUCACACUGGAGAAAAGCCUUACACUUGCCAACAGUGUGGGAUAAGCUUUACUCAAAAAGUAAGCCUUGAAAGACACAUGAGAAUUCACACUGGGGAGAAGCCUUACACUUGCCAAUGGUGUGGAAAGAGUUUCAGUGAGCAUGGAAGCCUUAAAGUCCACAUGAGAAUUCACACAGGAGAGAGGCCUUACGUGUGCCAUCAGUGUGGAAAAAGUUUCAACCGAAAAGGAGACCUUAAUUACCACAUGAGAGUUCACACUGGGGAGAACUCUUACACCUGCCAACAGUGUGGAAAAAGUUUUACUCUAAAAGGAAGCCUUAACAGGCACAUGAGAAAAUUACACUGCAUACAAUCAACACAAUCUUAAUCAACACAUGAGGACUCAAAAGAGAACUGUUUUAUUCUUUUGAAUAAAACGAGCAAGUUCUAUUUAGUGACUGAGUGUUUGUUUGGCAUGCUGAUCUCUUUAUACAGUUCCAGCUUCCUGUCACGUGAAUGGUCACAUGACAGGCCAACCAUACAUUUCUUAAAGACAUACACACUAAAAUGUUAAGAGGAAUAAAAUGGACUUAAGAAAACAUGUAAUCCAGUUAAAACUCUAUUAUACAUAAAAUCAUUGCAAUAAAUAGAGCGGUAAAACAUGUCUCUUGUGUAACAGUGUCACAAACUAGCAGUGGAUGCAAGCCUUUCAUGUGCCAUUACUGUGGAAAGACUUUCAGAAACAAUCCUACUGUGAACCUCAAGGAACCCAGAUAGCAAAAUUCCUGAGGCCUAGAUCAGGCCCACACCUGACGCUUUCAUUUGGCCCACAUACCCUGUGGAAUGAUGGCAAUUGGGCGGUCCGCUCCUGUUUGCUAGAUUUGGGCCACAAGUAAGCCAAAAGAAGGCCCAAUGUCAGCCAUGAAUAAACCAAAUAAAGCAGAACUGGCCCAAAUCUG